CAUUCAUUGCUUGAACGGCCAUGGCGGAUUAGUGGCGUUGUUGUUUGCAUAAUUAGAGGAAAUUUUCGUUUCUUUUCAACUCUUUUCGCGCCUCUGUCUAUCGAAUUUACCUCCAACGAUGAAAGACUUAACGAACGCUCAAACCGAUAAGGAACGAUUAAAAUGCUUAAUUGUUCAAACUUUAUCGAAAGUUUGCAAACAAACUUUAGCUGCCGAAAAAUUUACGAUGGAAGGCCUGCUAGGUAUAACGAUGCCAAACAACGAAGUUAUGUUAAUUAGCCUCAAGGAGGAAGUGACAAACAACGACGUCGAUAAGACAACGGCUGCUGCUGAUAACGUUAUCAACUGCUCAAGUCCCAGUUGCGAAAACAGAAAACGUUCUAUACACAAUGUCUCUGAUGGAGAUGACUUGACGGAGAAAAAGAGUAGGUUAGAGGGAAUAGUUAGGGAACGUCUUCAAGGGUCAAGGUCGUCUAGAAAGAAUCCGCAUCCACAGCAGCAUAUAUCGGCACCUGUCUGGGUAGAGGAUGGUCCUGAAACAGGGGAAGGCAGUCGCAAAGAGAAUGGAGAUGUGGAUGUUAAAGUAGAAAACUCCCUAGUCAUUCCCAUGGAAGAAAAAUCCGUAAAGCAGGAACCGGAAGAAGAAGAGGAAAGCGACAAAGCUGUUAGACAAAUGGCUGAACUAGGUUUAAAUAUUGAUGACUUUCGGAGUUCGAUUGACGCAAAUAAAGAUGGUAUAGUCACAGUUGAACCAACAGAUCCUCCAAUAAAGCCUAUCAAGAAGCACAAAAGUCCGAGAAGACGGAGAUCCGUCGAAGAAGACACCGUUCCCCCACUGCCAGACGAUCCUUCUGUAACAAUUUGUCCAGUUUGUGAAAAAUCUUGGGACGCACAUUCGAAGCUAGUGGUUCAUUACCGAGUUCACACUGGCGAACGACCGUACCAAUGUCCGCAUUGUUCUCAACAUUUCACGCAGAAAAGUAGUCUACGACGUCACUUAAGAAGAUAUCACGGUAUAUUUACGGAUUACGUUCCACGAGCGUCCAAGUCACGUUCUUCUUACAUAGUUUCGGCCAAUUUUGCCGAGGAUACUGCUGAAGAUUCAGAAUGAAAAACAUUUUCCAAUUAAUUUCUCCUUCGUGUCGUGCUAUUCUGAUUUUUCUAUGAUUGAUGCAUUCCCGAUUAUUUAUAAGUUUUAAAAGGCAUUACUAAGCUGUUGACCCUUUAAAAAGAGCUGCUGUGUUCUUUCCUUUCUGAUUUUUUAUCAUUUUAUUUUUUGCGCUAUUUUUAUUUUCUUCGUUGUGCCAAGUGUUUACUAGUCGUAAAUUUUAACAAUAAAAUACAGAAAAUAAAGUCAAA